GAAGGUCAAAAAUCACAUGUCAACACCCGUGUGUUGAGACUCCGUUUAUUUUGAAUGAAUUUGAAGCUGGAAAUAUUGAGGACGAAGGAGCCGUUUUCUCGGGGAUUCAAUCCGAUUCAAGUAUGGGGAACUGGGUCGAAAACCUGAUCAUGGGAAUCGAAGGUGAAAAUGCAGACAAGGUGUUUGACAAUUGUACUGAAAUAGCUAGGCAGCUUUUUCAAGAGAUUUUAAUUCCUGAAGGUGAGGUAGAUGUGUUCGAUGGAAGUCCCAAGAGAAAUGAUAUUAACUUGACUACUGAAUUUGCCAAUAAGGAGUCGAUUCUACUUUCGUUUAGUUGUGAAGACCAUCUAGAGCCUAUAGGGAAAUUUAAGAGAAAUGAUGAACUCCUUGAAGAUACCUUUUUAGGAGACAAUUUUGGAGUUGUUCCACCAGAUUCUAAUGAAGGGUCCACUGUUUUUUAUGGAAUUGACGAUUACCUUGUAGAUGACAAUGAUUCUGCUUUUGAAGAUAAUGAGGUUGUAGUAAAAGACGAUGAAUGUCCUCAACAUGGGGAAGCUGGAUUAAAUUGGCUUCAAUUAGUAAGUAAUAAUGGUGGCCCUGUAAGUUUGCUUAUGGCUGUUUUGGAACCAAAUCGCUAUGAGGAACUCACCAGUGGACUUGGUCUGGAUUUGGAAUCGAAGCCUAUUGUGGAUAGCAACAAAGGGUUGGCAUACAUUGGUGUUAUUGACCGGGGUGUUAUUGAGAGGUUUGAGAAAGAAGCUGCUGAGAUGAACAAGAGGCCAUUCUGGUAUGCCUGGGUGCUUAACAAGCUCAAGGCAGAGCGAGAACGUGGUAUUACCAUUGAUAUUGCUCUGUGGACAUUCGAGACCACUAAAUACGACUGUACUGUGAUUGAUACCCCUCGACACAGGAACUUGAUCAAGAACAUAAUUGCUGGUACCUCCGGAGCCGACUGUGUCGUCCUUAUCAUUGACUCCACCACUGGUGGUUUUGAGGGUGGUAUUUCCAAGGAUGGUCAUACAUGUGAGCUUACAUUGCUUGCUUUUACACUUGGUGUCAAGGAAAUGAUCUGCUGCUGCUGCAACAAGAUGGAUGCUACCACCCCUAACUACUUGAAGCCUAAAGGUAUUUACAGGGUGCAGGGUGAACUUGGAAAAAUUGUUCAUUGUCUUGGUGUCCAGCUUCCAAAUGGAGUUUUAUUUGUUGUUUUUCAUAAAACUAGAGCUCCAAAAGUGACAGACCAUUUUGAAGAGAUGAGGAACAUAAAGGCAACUCAGGGUAUUGACCAAUACGUCAAGGGGAUUCAUCAUAACUUUGGCAUAAAUGCUUGGAUUUUGCUGGAUACUGGGCAGGGAACAAAUGUGAAGAAAAUGUCACCUGAUUUUCUUGGCAUGGUGGUGCAAAGCUUUAAGUCAUUGCCUGUGCUUGCUCUUCUUUGGAAACCUAAAAAUGAAGGCAUUACAAACCUUCUAUCCCCAGGAGGAUCAAUUGAAAUUCUACAUGUUUUAGAUGCUCCAAAACUUGGUCUUCCUUUUAUGUAUUCAAAAUACUUGAUCGUGACCUUGCAGUACUUAAUAUCUCACUUGGAAUUUCAUCAAUCUCUCGUUAAUAGAAGCAUUAUUAGUGUCUUCUAUGCCCUUGGCAUUCAAUCACACUCUCUUGAAGAUAUUUCGCUCGCUUAUGGCAAAAUGGAGGUUUCUUCUGCAACAGUUACUUUGGUUGAGAUAGAGGAGAAAGAUUUAUUCCACACACACAAUGUUGCAUGUACUCAGUUGAAUUGGUGCAAAAAACUGAUGGAAAGUCGGAAUUUGUUGGCUAAUGUUUUGAGUUCAUGGUUAUGGAAAAGAAACAUUCUUGUAGUAAGUCUUGCACUAGAAGGGCUUGUUGUUUCUGGUGUGGAAGUGUGUCAGCUCGAAGUCCACCAGCAGGAGCAGUAUGUUGCUGUUGUUCGUGAUGGAUUGAAGGCAUGGGAGAUACUGAAGGAAAUGCCUCAUCAAAUAAACCUUGUGUUGACUGUGGCCGAGCUACCAUUAUUAUUCAAAUUUGGACUUACUUUACUUGUGGAGCAUAGCAUUUUGGAGGUAUGUGAUUUUGAUGGUUCUGUGGAAAUGGUGCUCUAUGUAGUAUUUUAUAUACAGGAGAUGUUGUUACAAUUGAUAUGCAAUCAGGUGUCUAUUGGGAUAUGUACAACAAAGAAGGAUCUACUUUGGAAGUACUACCAGUUAACUUCAAGUUUUGUGAAGUCAUUGAAGGCUCAUAAACCUGCCAAGUUGGAAUGCAUCAAAGACCUUUAUGGAGUGAUUUCCUUUUAUUAUGCUUUCAGGGUCCUAUUAGAUAAGCUAUUUUGCCUAUUUGAGCCUUUUCAAAGCAACUGGGAGACUGAUGAAUUAAAUGAGUUAAGUAGUACUCAAUUAGCUUAUGCAUCCACAACUGGAGGAAACACUUUGUGUAGUAGUAUUAUUCCCAACCGUGAGGAUAAUGGUACUUUUUCAGUGAAAGUUGAUCUUCCUCGCGAAGAAGGCAUCAUAAUCCAAAUGUGUUUGGUUUUACAAGCAGUUCAUGAAGUUGGUCUAUAUAUUGUUGGAGACAUUUUCAGGAUGCUUAUGCCUCAAGAGCCAGGAAGUUACUACAAAGCCAAGGGAGGCAACUGGCCAGUGCAUUCGAGUGCUUUACUCUGCAUUUUCCAACCUUGAGGACAAGGUUGUUAUAAGGGGGAUGGAAUGUAACGAAUGGAAAUGAAGAAAAUAGGCCCUAGUUUAGAAUAAUUACACUUGAGUCCCAAAAAUAGUUGUUGCGUUGAUGUUUUACCCCGAAGUUAGCUUUUUGCACUUUUUUCCAUGUUCUUUAAAUACCUGUUAUGAUUAUUUUCAAAGACAUGUUGAAUGAAAAUUGAGUCUUUUCCUUU